GGCGCGGGACGUGGUGCCGCGUCCUCACAGGCUUAAAGGGCGGCGGCGGCGGGGCAUGUGUGCGUUGCUGAGGCUGCCGCUCGCCUGGCACCCGACCCGUGCAUGCCUGUCUCCGGCCACACGGUGAGGCCGGCGUCUGCGAAUACGCGGCGGUGGAGGGCAAGGGCUCCCGCAGACAGGCCGGGCACCCCUCUCAGAGGCUGGACAGCCCCGGCUUCGCGGGGGUCGCAGCUCGGCAGGCGGCAGGGAUCAUGGCAUCUCUGGCGGACCGAGUGCGGGGCAACGGGCGAAUAGCCGCCGGGCUGCUGUUCAACCUGCUGGUGUCCAUCUGCAUCGUGUUCCUCAACAAAUGGAUCUAUGUGCAUCACGGCUUCCCCAAUAUGAGCCUGACCUUGGUGCAUUUCGUGGUCACCUGGCUGGGCUUGUAUAUCUGCCAGAAACUGGAUAUCUUUGCCCCCAAAAGUCUGCCGCCCUCCAAGCUCCUCCUCCUGGCCCUCAGCUUCUGCGGCUUUGUGGUCUUCACCAAUCUUUCUCUGCAGAACAACACCAUAGGCACCUAUCAGCUGGCCAAGGCCAUGACCACGCCGGUGAUCAUAGCCAUCCAGACCUUCUGCUACCAGAAGACUUUCUCCACCAGGAUACAGCUCACGCUGAUUCCUAUAACUUUAGGUGUAAUCCUAAAUUCUUAUUACGAUGUGAAGUUUAAUUUCCUUGGAAUGAUGUUUGCUGCUCUUGGUGUUUUAGUUACAUCCCUUUAUCAAGUGUGGGUAGGAGCCAAACAGCAUGAAUUGCAAGUGAACUCAAUGCAGCUGCUGUACUACCAGGCCCCGAUGUCGUCUGCCAUGUUGCUGGUCACUGUGCCCUUCUUUGAGCCAAUGUUUGGAGAAGGGGGAAUAUUCGGUCCCUGGUCAGUUUCUGCUUUGCUUAUGGUGCUGCUGUCUGGAGUGAUAGCUUUCAUGGUGAACUUAUCGAUUUAUUGGAUCAUUGGGAACACUUCACCCGUCACCUAUAACAUGUUUGGACACUUCAAGUUCUGCAUUACUUUAUGUGGAGGAUACGUUUUAUUUAAGGAUCCACUGUCCAUUAAUCAGGGUCUUGGCAUUUUAUGUACAUUAUUUGGCAUUCUCGCCUAUACCCACUUUAAACUUAGUGAACAGGAAGGAAGCAAGAGUAAACUCGUACAACGUCCUUAAUUCGGUUUUUGUGGAGAAGAGAAUGUUGCCUCAAGAAGAUAAAAAGUGUUGUUAUGUGCGCAAGUUAUU